CCUGUCAAAUAGAGCUUUUAAAUGUUUUAAUUACUUCUACCGUUUUUUUAUACUUGCAACUGAUAGUAUUACCAAAUGACUAUUCAAAUCUCUUUGUAUAUCAACUCUUAAAUUAUCGAUAUUUUUGUCACGUGUUGACUCACUUCUCCUUCACCUAGAAGUUAAAGAAUAUGUCCAUUUUAAGUCUGUUUAUUUAUUACGAGAAUCAAUCCUAAUUCACUUUUUGAUGGAGAGAAAUUUCAAAAUCACAAAUAUAAAAAUACUAUUUAAAACUAAUUUUAUUAAAAUUUAAUACCCAUCAAAGAAAAUCUUUUAAUUUGAACCUCAUUUUUAACUCUAAGGUAAUCCGAUCAAUAAGCAAAAUUUUACCCUCCAUAAACAAAGGAAAACCUCAAUAUUUCCCCAAAAAAACCAUUAUUUAAUCCUCAAAAACAUAUUUCAAUUUUACAAAUCCAAAAACUCAAAAAAAAAAAAAAUGGCAGCUGAGGAUACACCCCAAGAAAUUGCCGAUAGGGAGAGAAUCUUCAAACGAUUCGACACGAAUGGCGACGGAAAAAUAUCGUCGACGGAACUCGGCGACGCCUUAAAAACACUUGGAUCUGUUACAUCCGAAGAAAUUGUUAGAAUGAUGGCUGAGAUUGAUACUGAUGGUGAUGGUUUUAUUUCUUUUGAAGAAUUUACUGAUUUUGCUGGUGCAAAUCGUGGAUUGAUUAAAGAUGUUGCUAAAAUCUUUUAGAUUUGAUUAGUUUCUUAUAAUUAUUUCAAUUUUUGUGCAUGAAAUGUGUUUUGAUUCUUGUUUUUUUUAGGAAAUAUGUCAUGGUGCAUUAUUUUUGUAAUUUUUUAUGGAAUAUAAGCAUUCAUUGUCCUUAGGCUUGGAGAAUGACGUUCUAUUAAGUGACCUACGGAAUUUGACGGAUUAUAGAUGUAUGUAAAAUUACUUUGUUAUAAUAAAAAUAUUGUUUUCGAUAAA